AUGCAGGCCCCCGGUGGCGCCUUUGAAACGCCGGCUCCAGUGGCCGUGGUGUACAUUUGCGGCGACUGCGGGGCAGAAAACACCAUCAGAGCAGUGGAUGUCAUUCGGUGUCGUGAGUGCGGGUACCGGAUUCUGUACAAGAAGCGGACAAAGCGUGUCGUCCAGUACGAAGCUCGG